AUGUCUUUUUCUUAUAGCUCUUGUCUUACCUACCAUCUUAAGUUUCGUAUACAGUGCAGCAAGGAGCGUCCAAAAUGCCGUCUUUGCGUGCACCGUAAUAUCUCCUGCGAGUGCCCAGGCCAGUUCUUUGAAGCAUCUACAAACAGCCCAUCUGCAUCGAAAACCCACUUGGCAGACUCUCCUGGGCUAUCUCGAUAA